GAAGUAGACUUCGCUUUCUGUCCCAUCGAUGCCCUACAUCUACCUUGGAUGGUCAUCUUCUCUCUUUGCACCCAUCUUCGUCCAGGUUACUUCUGUGUCUCUUGACACCUCAGUGGAAUACAGACAGAUCACAGACAAUACCUGCUCCUUCUUAAGUUCAUUUGGCUCUCCAACCCAUCACAAAGCACUGCCUCUGUUGGAAGUUUCGGUUGGCGCUCCUACAAAAUGAUAUUUUGAUUUCUAAACCUGGAAACGUUGUUUUUUCGACUUAAUCCUUUUCAUGAAGUACCAUUGAUGGUCACUGCCUCUCCCUGUGUCCUUCUACAUCCAAUUGUUUUUUGCAUUUCUGAUACGUUCGUGGAAACAUACACAGGUCACAGGUGAUGCUUCCCAGAUAAUUUCGACCUCAAGUCCAUUACAAAGCACUGCCUCUGUUGGAAGUCACAGUUUCUUAUAACAUCAUAUUUUGAUUUCUACACUUGUGGGGCCUCCAUUGCUUUCAACUGUUUGAGAUGACAGUCGGAGUUUUCUACCUGUAUUUUUAAGUUUUGUAUUCAGGCCCAUUGUGAAGUUUUGAAAUCUGCCUUCCACUCUGCGCACUCAGGGAUCUUGUGUGUUUUUCAGACUUGAUUUUUUUAGACCAUUACUUUUGUGACAUUUUUGAACUGAAAGCAGAAAAUUUUGGAGAUCCUUUUAAAAAUGGAAAAUCCUGACUAUGUUCAUAAUGACUUGAACUCUUGAAACUACCUGUUCAGAUUUAGGACAUUCACAAUCCUCUGUUCCUCAAUAUAUGUGUGUGUUACUAAUGACUUCAUAUGCCUGCUUUUUGGAGAAAGAAAUUUAAGUCAACUUCUGUUAGAGAAAUUUUCUGUUUGCCAAGGAUGCUCAGCAUAAUCUGAGAGGUCCUGCCAUUAGAACAUUUGCGGAAGAGGAAACAACAGCUUUGAAGUGGGGUGGCAUUCUGCCUCGGAAUGACCCAAGCUUGCUCUUUGAAGAAGAGGGAGAGCAGAAAGGACAUCUGAUGUGAGCGAUGGCCGAGGGGGACGCUGCCCUGGCCUGCGAACAGCCUGCUGGACAGGAGGAACGUCCCUACAAGUGUAAGCAGUGUCCACGCAGCUACCGCCAUGCUGGCAGCCUAGUGAACCACAGGCACACCCAUGAGGUGGGACUCUUCCACUGCCUGGUAUGCCGUAAAGACUUCUCCAACCCCAUGGCCCUCAAAAGCCAUCUCCGCACCCAUCUGGAGGAGAAGCGUCACAAAUGCCAGGACUGUGGGCGGGGAUUCCGGACUUCCUCCCAGCUGGCCAAUCACCGCUGUUUGGCCCGUCUCAACCAGGAGCAGGAGGAGGAGGAAAGUAAUGGAGACAGCUGUACCUUCCAGAAGGUCCAGGACAAGUCUUCAUCAGAUGGCGACGCCUAUUCUGGGAUGGAAGGCAGCAGCAGAAGCCUGCUGACCAACCUGGAGAAGUACAUUGCUGAGUCGGUGGUGCCUGCUGACUUUUCUCAGCUGGGAUUUCCAAUCAAGGUGGAAAAGGAGAAGGAGGAACAGCUCCCAGUGCACCAGAGUGAAGAAGAGGAGGCAGCCAUGAUUGGAGGGCUCAGGGCCACAGAGGAGGAACGGCGCUACAAAUGCAACCAGUGUGACAAGGCAUACAAGCAUGCAGGCAGCCUGACCAAUCACAAGCAGAGCCAUACAUUGGGCGUGUACCAGUGUGCCAUGUGCUUCAAGGCCUUCUCCAACCUUAUGGCACUCAAGAGUCACACUCGUCUCCAUUCAGAGUAUCGGCCCUACAAGUGUCGCUUUUGCCACAAGGCCUUCCGCCUCCCCUCGGAGCUGUUGAGCCACCAGAAGGCCCACAACCAGGAUGAAAGCAAGAUGACCGGCCUGCCAGCUUGGGAAGGCUCUGAACACAACAUCUGGGAGGAGGACUCCAUAGAGACCUUGGCCAAGCUGGACAUUUAUCAACCUCCCCCAGCAGGCACAAACCUAGGGGACAGUGCCCCAUGCAGCCUCAAAGACACCUCCAAGGCAGGGGGUGGUGAACGCUGCAACCCAGAUGGGGAGCUGUGUGUUCGCUGCGGUGGAACUUUUGCUGAUGAGGAGGAGCUGAAGGAACAUAGUUGUCUCUAUCCAGAGGAGGCAGAUGAAGAGGAGGAGGAAAGCAGUGGUCCCUCUCAACCAGCCCCUGGCUCCAAUGGCACUUGGGAAGCAAGUCUGAAAGGAGAGGAAGGAUAUUCCUUAUUGGAGGAGCGGCCAUUCCGCUGUGAAGACUGUGGCAGGACUUACCGCCAUGCUGGAAGUCUCAUCAACCACAAAAAGAGCCACCAGAUUGGAGUCUACAGUUGUACCGUCUGCUCGAAACAGCUCUACAACUUGGCUGCCUUGAAGAACCAUUUGCGGGUCCACCUGAAGUCCAAGCUCAGCUCAUCUACCAUGGAGGAAGCAUCCCAGCAUCUUUCUGCUGUUUCAGACAUGCAUCAAGGUGAGGACAGCCCCGGAGAUCACAGAGACUACUGUCCACAGCCACCAGAUGUCUGGAGAGGAGUCUCCUGCCUGAAGGAAGAGGAGGAAAGAGACAUUGAAGAGGAAGACCGGCCCUACAGGUGUGGGGAUUGUGGCCGGAGUUACCGGCACCGCGGCAGUCUUGUGAAUCACCGCCACACCCACCAGACAGGGAUAUUCCAGUGCUCCAUCUGCCCCAAACAGUAUUCCAACCUUAUGGCGCUACGGAAUCAUGUGCGAGUACAUUUGCGGGCUGCCCGUAUGCGUGGCCGAGAACAAGGGGGCGGUCUCACAUGCAGCAGAUGUGGGGAGAGUUUUGAGGAGGAGGCUGAGUUCCAGCUCCAUCAGCUGCGCCACCUGCCCUCAGCUGAGGACAUGGAAGUGGCAACAGUUCCCAAACUCAGUGGCUUUCAUCCACAAGAGGCAGAUCUCCUCCAAGCUAUCAAGCAGGAUGUGGAAGCUCUAGAGAACGGAGAAGCUGUGGCCGAGGAUGUCCUUCCUGACUCAAAGGUGGCCCAUGUCUGCCACCAGUGUGGAAUGACCUUUGCCAGUGCAGAUGGCCUGCAGAGUCAUGUCUUGCAGCAUGGCAAUGAAAGGGAACUGUCAGAAGGCAUGGCUGAGAGGACUGAGUCCCCCAGUUCCCUCCAGCGGUUGUAUGGUUGUGACCAGUGCGGCAAGUCUUAUCGGCACUCAGGGAGUCUCAUCAACCACAAACAGACACAUCAGACAGGGGAUUUCAGCUGCUCAGUUUGCGGUAAGCACUUCCAAAACGUAGCUUCACUUAAGAGCCACUUGCGUGGGCAUCAGAGACCCAGGAGGACACAAUCUGAGACCACAAUAGCUAUGAACGAGGAAGAGGAUGGUGAACUUGAAGAUGGAGCUGCCUUCCCUGUGUUGCUGCCUUCAGGAGAUGAGCUAAGUGACAGCUGUAAUGUUUUGGAAGAAGAUGCUGUCCCAAAUGGUUGGCAGUCUCAAGCUCCCUCGCCUUUGUCAGGUGACACUGAAGUAACCCCCCAUGUCUGUGACCAAUGUGGGCUGGACUUUGACCAGGCCAGUAGUUUGGUGAUCCAUAAACAGACCCACCAACUUGGCAUCUACCAGUGUUCCCUGUGCCCCAAAGAAUAUUCCAGUCUUACAGCUCUAAAAAACCAUUUUCAUGCGCAUACCAGGGCCACGGCAUCCUCUGAAGGCAGCCCCGGCAUAGAUGGCAGUGCCGAGGAGCAACCCUUCCUCUGCAGCUUCUGUGGCAUGAUAUUUCCCAGCGAAGAGGACCUUCAGCAGCAUCACAGUCUGUUGCAUGAAGAGGGAGAAACCCAGGGAGAUGAGCAGGAUGUGGAGCUCAAAAAGGAGGCAGAGGAGCAGUUGGAUGGUGGUGGGGAACGAGAAGAGGAGCAGCUCCUCUCACAUAUCUGUGGCUACUGUGGUCAGACAUUCGAUGAUAUGGCCAGCUUGGAGAAGCACAGCGAAGGACAUCUGGAGGAGAAAGCUGCUGCCUUGGCCGACACUUCCAUGCAGCUCCGACGAGCUUCCCGUGUAGAGGAGGACCAGCCACCACCACUUCCAGUGGAGGUGCCUGCUGCUCCCAUGGAGCUCCUGGACAACCGGCCUUAUGCCUGCAGCCAGUGUGGGAAAACCUACCGCCACGGUGGCAGCUUAGUCAACCACAAGAAAAUCCACCAGAUUGGAGAUUACCAAUGCAGUGUCUGUUGCCGUCCGUACCCCAACUUGUCAGCUUAUAAGAACCACCUCCGCAACCAUCCAAGAUGCAAGCUAAGUGGCAGUGUGCCAAUAAAUCGGCAACCAGUCAUUGUCGCAGCAGAAGACCCACCAUUUUCUUAUACAGUGCCUAAGGAAGAGCCUCUGGAUCAUAGGGUUACAGUGCUUCAAAACCAGGAAGAUCUGCCGUACGCUAAGUCUCCAGUAUCUCCUACUAGAGAGGAAAAAUCAGGAAGACAACUGAAGGCUAGUCAGCCAGAGUGCAGGAAGGCCCAGCUGUUUGAUAUCUGUGGAGAGCUGUAUGAGGGGAAAACAGUAUUGGAAGCCCAUUGGCCCCUGCAUCUUGCUCAAGAAGACAAGAAGUUAGAAGAAGAGAAAGAAGUGAUAGUUGGAGAAGAAAAUUCCCCAGUUGCUGAAGAAGAGGACUCCUCCUCGGAGCGCCCCUUCCAGUGUAAUUUGUGUGAGCGCAGCUACAAACAUGCAGGCAGCCUGAUCAACCACAAGCAGACCCACAAGACAGGCCUGUUCCAUUGCAGCAUCUGCCAGAAGCAGUUCUACAACCUCAUGGCUCUGAAGAACCACAACCGCACUCACUAUGAAACCAAACGAUACCGGUGUCCUGAGUGCCCCAAGGCCUUUCGGCUCCAGAAGCAGCUGGCCAGCCACCAGCGAGUGCACCGUGAGAGGAAGCGGGACUCCUCUGCCCAUCCUUCCCGGAGAUCUCUUCAUGCCAAGCGGGCUGGGAAGACAGGGAAUUCAGCCCAACCUCUAAACGCUGCCAAGCAAUGCCCAGAUCCCGAGGAGAGGCCUUACUGGUGCGGGGAGUGUGGGCGUACAUACCGCCAUGCUGGGAGCCUGCUCAAUCACCAAAAGAGCCACAAGGUAGGACACUUCACCUGCUCCUUGUGCAGCAAGGCCUAUCCCAACCUCAUGUCCCUGAAAAACCACCAGCGGAUCCACUAUGAAGUGAAACGUCACCAGUGUCCGGAUUGUGGCAAGAGCUUCAAGUGGCAACGGCAGCUGCUGAAACACCAGCGCCGCCCCAAUCCUUGUGGUGUUGGCAAUAGCGGCAGCACCUCGCGGCAAGGAUGGGACCGGAACAAAUCUGCUUCAGGAAGGGAGCAAGGGAGCAGCUCCACGGAGGCUACGGCAGGCUCCUUUCCCUGCCAUUUGUGCUCCAAACACUUUCCCAACCACAUUGCUCUCAAGAACCACAGCCGCAUACACUCAAAGAAACGCUACGAGUGCUCAGAGUGUGGUAAGAGUUACCGGGCCUCCAGGGAUUUGAUGCAUCACCGGAGGAGGCAUCAGAGGGAGGAGGCAGGUGACAUUGCUGAGGAAGAUGAGCUUUCCCCUCUUGGCACAGUCCCGACCAAUCAGACACUGGAGGAGCGGCCUUACAAGUGUGACCGGUGCGAGCGGACAUACCGCCACGCUGGUAGCCUCAUCAACCACAAGCAGGCGCAUGCUACUGGCCUCUACCGCUGCCCCACCUGCCAGAAGGAGUUUUACAACCGUCUGGCCCUUAAGAACCACCUUCAUACCCACAAGGACAAGAAACGCCACCGGUGCCCCCAUUGUAGCAGAAUCUUCCGGACUGCCCGGCGCUUGGCUGCCCACACCAAGGCCUGCUGCAGGACGGAGGAGGAGGAGAACGCGACUUUAGUUUGCCCUGUGUGCUCCCAGACAUUCUUUCAGCAGCUCAGCUUCCAGGAGCACCAGCUCUCGCAUGCCAAGGACAAUGGGCAUCCAGUGGCUAUGGAGUCAGGCAGCUGAGGGUUUUGGAGAGUGCAUGCCAAGGAUUGUCUGGCAGGGAGAGUAAACCCUAGGGAAAUUUAGAAUAGUUGAGUGGGGGGCCUUCUCCAUGGAAAGAAAUGUCCCUGCAUUGGAAAAAAGGAAGGGAAGGAGUAUACAUAUAGGGGUCACGUGUGAGGCCAGGGGAUAUAAAGGGGUACAGCUUUGGGUGGAAAUAUGGGGAGGAAGGGGUAAAAGUAUGGGGAAGAUGGGAGUAUGUGAACCUUCGUUCUCUAUAGAACAUUUGGUCAGUUAGUACUGGAGUGAUUGAGCUCUUCCUUCAUGGAGCGUUAUGUUGGAACCUCCAUCCAUACCUUUGUGUCCCUUUAAAAUGCCUCCCUACAGCAACAUCUACCUUUUUUUUUGUCUUGGAGUCUAUUUGAAGAACUGAAAUUGAGAAUCCUUGAAACCUUUUGAGCAUGUGCUUCAAGCGCCCUACUGAUCUGAAAUUUAGAACUCUUUUUUGGGUAAUGUUUUUAAAUACAUUUGGAAAGUCGGAUGAGUAGCAAGUCCAUGUUUAAGUCACAUAUGGUAUUUAAAUUACUGUUUUUAGAGAGAAAAUCACCGAAGUACUGUUUUGAAAGGAAAACAACAUGCCGGUUUGGAGCUUCGUUUAGAACGAAGCUGAACAAGAACCUUUGGCGUGGAGUAAUUCUUUUGGUUUCUACCUCUUUAACUGGAAAAUUGUUGACAUUUCCUUGGUGAGAAGGGGAGUUUUUGUUUUUCAAAAACAUGUCCAGGAUUCAUACAUUUUUGGUCUUCUUAAAAACAGGGUCUGGGAACGUUCGCUAAAAGAGGAAUGUGUUAAUUACAGUUGGUCCCCAGAGGUGACUGACUUAAAGCAUGAAUUCUGUGUGAGUAAACAAAUUCUCUGCAAAAUUAGAGCAUACUUCACCAAAAUGUUCUCCUGGGCCAGCUCUAGUGAAAUAAGCAGGAACUGCUUAACAGCACAGUCGGUGAAAUGUUUAAUUCAUUGUUGAAGGCUUUCAUGACUGGAUUGUUGUGUGUUUUCUGAGUUGUAUGGCCAUGUUCCAGAAGCAUUCUCUCCUGACGUUUCACCUGCAUCUAUGGCAGGCAUCCUCUGAGGUUGUGAGGUCUGUAAGGAUGCCUGCCAUAGAUGCAGGUGAAACGUCAGGAGAGAAUGCUUUUGGAACAUGGCCAUACAGGCCAGAAAACACACAACAGCUCGGUGAAAUGUUUAUUUUCCAAUCCCAGUCAGACCAAUCCCGUAUAGAUCUAAGCCUCGGGAACAGAGUCUUGGAGGUCAUGGUUUCGCAGGGCAAACAUCUGUCUGCUUUUUCUAGCUGUGUUCCCCAGUCUGGUGCCAUUGAGAUGUUUUAGACUGCAAUGUCCAUCACCGUGGUCCACACAACUUAUUUGAGAGUUGUCUCCUCACACAUGUGAAAGUCACCAGGCUGAGGCUUGUGACUGUAUGCCAUAGUGCACAAAUCUUCAGAUCUCUCUUGUUGUCGUCAUCACAUAACCACCCAUGUAAAUGUCCUUCUGAGACAUAGAAAGAGGAAGCGAGAAUAUCAAAUGUAGGAAUAGAAGGAGAGUAGGGCACAGCAGCCAGUGUAUUGUCAAAGGUUUUCAUGGCCAGAAUCACUGAGUUGUUGUGAGUUUUCCGGGCUGUAUGGCCAUGUUCCAGAAGCAUUCUCUCCUGACGUUUUGCCUGUAUCUUUGGCAGGCAUACCUCACAACCUCUGAUGAUGCCUGCCAUAGAGGCAGGCAAAUUGUCAGGAUAGUAUGCUUCCGGAACAUAGCUAUACAGUCCGGAAAACUCACAACAACCCAGUCAAUGUAUUGCUCAAAGUUGUUGUUUUUUUUAAAAAAAAAAUAGUAUAAUCCCUGACGUGAUUCUUCAAAUCACACAUGCUUGGGCAUUACACAAGGAAACCCAAAUUUAAUCAAACCCAUGGUGUAAAACAGGAAUUAGGAAAGCACUUUCCCCAUCACAUUUUUUUGAGUCCAGCAUUUUUAAUUCCUCUAUCCCCUCUCCAAAAAAACCCCCACAUCUUGGAGACAAUUUUGGCAGUGGAGGUGGUGCUCUCUUUACCUCAAGGAAAGGCCUUUUCCCCAAAGUUAAUUGACACAGAGGUUGGGACUGAGUUGACCCUGUGAAGGCCAAAACAGUGUUAAAAUUGGGGGAGGAAUGUUUCACAUUUUUGAAGGUUGCGCAAAUGGCAUGGCCCUCCAAGGUGCCAGAAAUAGUUGCUUAUCCCAGUUGAGAGGAAGGUCUCUUUAACCCAGUGUUUCUCAACCUGUGAGUCCCCAGAUGUUUUGGCCUGCAAGUCCAAGAAAUCCUAACAGCUGGUAAACUGGCUGGGAUUUCUGGGAGUUGUAGGCCAAAACACCUGGGGACCCACAAUCUGAGAACCACUGCUUUAACCUUCUGCCCCUGCUCCAGUUUGAACCAAAACGGGCCCCACUGGCCUGCUGUUUUCAGUGGGUCAAAACUCAUUGUUUAAAAAAAUGAUGACCACAGUCUCUUCUACUCUGACCCCGAAUCUGCUAUUAUUUUGAGACACUGUAAAACAGUUGUUCUCAGCUGUUGGUCUAGAUGGGUUUCUGGGUGAUUAAACCAACAAAUGUUGUGGGUAGCAGUGCUAAAUGCGGAGGACCACUGUUGUGGAAAACGUAUUUGUUUUCUUUUUGGAAGAUGUGAAUUGGAGCCAAAUUCAGAAUGUAGAUGUCAUCAAAGAUGUUCAGACUUUCCCAAAAUAAUAGAUGGUAGUGCCAAAGGAUGGAAGCUAGAGCAGACAUGGGCCAAUUUUGACCCUCCAGGUGUUUUGGACUUCCACUCCCACCAUUCCUAAUAGCCUCAAGCCCUUUCUUUUUUUCCCCUCAGCCACUUAAGCAGGAAGGGGCACGAAGCUGUUAAGAAUGGUGGGAGUUGAAGUCCAAAACACCUGGAGGGCCCAAAUUUGCCCAUGCCUGGACUUGAGGGAUCAAAUGUUUCCUCCACUAUGGUAGCCCUAGACCAGGCAUGGGUGAACUUCAGCCUUCCAGCUAUUUUGGACUUCAACUCCCACAAUUCCUAACAUUGGCUGUUAGGAAUUGUGGGAGUUGGAGUCCCAAGUACCUGGAGGGCCAGAGGUUGCCCAUGCCUGCUCUAGACAAUAUAGCCAUUAUUGGAGGAUGAUCAUACUCCCAAACUCUUUGGCCCAUAGGUUGCCAAUUCCUAUAAGUCCAGAAUGAAUUAUUAUCUUGAAAACUGGAAUCAUUUCCUGAUCUCUUCAUCUCCUUGUUCUAAGGACACAUUUUGACUUUAGCCUUGAGGUUGACCUCGACCCAGCAGGGUUCUGUUGGGGUUUACACUGCUUAAUCGAAGAAGAGGAUCUGAAGAUUUGAACAUUUCCCUGUUUUAACUCUUCCUUGCAUUUCAUAACCUAGUACAUCAAGUUGGCCAGGAAGCAAUGUUUUCACCCCAUGUCAUAUAGGCAUGACCUUCCCUCUCAUUGUCUCAAAUGGUACAGCCCUGGCAGGAGAUUUCUCUAGAUCAGUGGUUCUCAACUUGUGGGUCCCCAGGUGUUUUGGCCUACAACUCCCAGAAAUCCCAGCCAGUUUACCAGCUGUUGGGAUUUCUGGGAGUUGUAGGCCAAAACAUCUGGGGACCCACAGGUUGAGAACCACUGCAAGGGUUCUUACAUGGUUUGACAUUUCUAGAAGGAAGUUCUUGGCCAUGAGGAUCAGCUAGCUGUUGGGAAUACUUUGAAAGGCUUGCUCAGUCUUGAAACAGAAUUAGAAACUAGACUGUCACCAGUCUUUCCUUUUCUGUGAAUGGGUUGGCAAGGAUAAAAAAAUGUGUGGCUGUCUCCGAGGCCGUCCUCAUGUUUAUCUCAUCCAGGCAGGACUUUUUGACAUAUGUCGCAGAUAAACUUGCGCUGGGUGCAAAUGUCUUGCAUUGAAGCCAUCCAAAUUCUUCCCCUGAUUCAGCUCAGCAGAAGUCCCCAUUUAUAUGUAGUUGCAAAUUCUCAGUUGUGAAUGUUUUAUAGAAUUUCUAACAUAGGUGAGUCAUAUUUUUUACUGGGGCGAGAGCGACAUAUAUAAGUAUAUGUGUGUUUAUGUGCAUUUGUUCAUUUGGCCAGCUGAAAUAUGUCCCCUCUCUUCCAUUUUUAUUCUUACAUCACCGUUAUGUACUACACGUUGACUCUCUGGUCCUGUCUUAUGCUGCUGUUCUCAACAACUGACAACUUGGCUUCAGCAAAAGCCCUCCCGAGAAAGUCACAACAGCAUUGCCAAGUGUUUGUUUGGGAUUGCUUUCCUUACUCCCCUCUGCCUUCUUGAAACAGUUCUCUAAAUAUCACCAUUGUACUUAGAUGUACGUGUGAAUAUUUUUGGGUUGUUGGGAUUUUUUUUAAGGGGUUGGGAUGUCAUGAAUAAUAGGCACUUCUCAAAUGUUAAGUCAUUCUCCUUUCUAACUCACUAGUUCUAACUCACUAGACCUAACUUACUAGUUCUCACUGCCCUUCCAGAGAUGAGGAGGUAACUGGAGUUUUGAUCCUCCUCGCUCUGCCCUAUUAGAUGCCCUUCACCCCAGGUUUUUUUUUUCCUGGACCGUCAAUCGCAUGGGUAUGUGGCACCUCCUGGUGGCCAUGCCUGAUAUGUGAAACACUUAAAAACUGCAAAUAAAUUGUUCUUGGUUUCUAAAAA